CUCCAAAUAUCUUCAAUCUUGGCCCUAAUCACCGCAGCGCUACUGUACAUAAUGUACAAGAACAUGACCGCAGUGCCUGAGCUACCACAGCUUGACUACAAUGAGUGGUGGGGCCCCAACGAGUCGCAGUCAGACUCCAUCAGCACUGCUGUGAUACCGUACAGGAUUGUGUUCUCUGAAGCUAUGAUAGUAGACCUUCAAUACAGAAUGGAAGAGUACCGGAAGUUCGUCAAGCCAAAAACCUUCACUGACGCUGGUUGGACGUAUGGAGUCAACUCUGAAGCUUUCGCAGCCUUCUUCGCCGAUUGGGUCUUCAGAUACAAGUUCAUUGAGAGAGAGAGGUUCUUGAACAAGUUCGACCAUUUCAAGACGAAUAUCCAAGGCCUGGAUAUACACUUCAUGCAUGUGAAGCCGAAAGUGGAGAAGAAUGUGAAGGUCUUACCUCUACUACUUCUUCAUGGAUGGCCUGGAUCAGUGCGUGAGUUCUACAACGCGUUUCCACUUCUGACGACCGUCAGACCCGGGUGUGAUUUUGUCUUCGAAGUCAUCGCUCCAAGUCUUCCAGGAUUUGGUUUCUCAGAUGCAACUACUCGCCAAGGCUUAUCAGCUACGAAGAUUGCUGUCAUCUUGAGAAAUCUGAUGAAGCGCCUUGGCCAUGACCAGUUCUACGUCCAAGGAGGUGAUUUUGGUCAUAUCAUCGGAUCUUCUAUGGCCACCUUAUUCCCCAAAGAAGUGAUUGGCUUCCACACUAACUUGCCUUAUGUCAAGUCCAGCUUGUCCGUUCUAGUUUGGAUCUUAGGUGGACUUUGGCCAUCUUUGGUAGAAAAAGAAUUUACAGAUAGACUGUACCCGGUAAAUGAUAAGGUGGAGUUCUUUUUGGAGGAGUCUGGGUAUUUUCACAUGCAUUCUACUAAGCCAGAUACUCUUGGUAUCGCUCUCCACGAGUCUCCAGCCGGACUCGCCGCGUACAUUCUAGAAAAGUUCGUCCUAGCUACAACCAAAGAGGGGAAGUACAAACAAGAUGGUGGUAUUGAGGGUGUGUUCUCAAAUGAGGAUUUGCUGGACAACAUCAUGAUGUACUGGGUGCCAGGAACGAUUACAACGUCGAUGAGGCUUUAUAAGGAAAUGGCAGUGAAUUCUAAGUUAGAAGCGGCUAUUAAUUUAAUACCAACAGACGUACCAACAUGGUCCCUUAGAUUGAAGCAUGAGAUAUUCUUCACCCCCGAAUUCAUACUUAGAUGGAAGUACCCGAACCUAUUAGGAACCACCACUCUUGAAGAAGGUGGUCACUUUGCUGCAUUCGAGAAACCGGUCAUCUUCUCUGAUGACAUAUUCAAAGCUGUGAAGCAGUUCCAGGAGUUUCAUAAGACGAGAUAAUUGAUGUUUGGACGUGAAUGUGUGUAGUUUUGAAGGCUGAUAUUAAAAGUGAAGAUGCCUUGAU